AUGGAUAUCAAAGAGAUAGUUAAUUCAAAAGGUGUGAAAGGAGCAGCGGCGGCGGCGGCGGCAUCGGCAAGUGGUCAGGCUCAAGACUUACACCUACUCCAAUCUAUAUCGCAAGCCAACGGUUUACGCAUGUCUGAUGCUGGUUCUGAGAGAGGUAAUUCUCCUCAUGGCUCUGAGCAUUCUCAAUAUUCUACACCACGGAUGGGUAUGAACGGAAUGAACGGAGCACCAAACGGCAUGCGCUAUCCUUCACCCCCUGGUAUGCAAAACUCAAUGCCAAUGAUGCAACAACCUUAUCGUCCUGAUGUUGCUUUCGACAAUGGAAUGAUGUCUACACAACAGCAAGAUAAUACACGUCAACGCCAACCUGGCGAUAUCACUGUUACAAAGGCUUUCCCUUGUAGCACCUGUGGUAAAGGAUUCGCCCGAAGAAGUGAUCUUGCAAGACAUGAGCGUAUUCACAGUGGAGUUCGACCCCAUGUCUGUGAUUAUCCCGGUUGUGGUAAACAAUUCAUUCAAAGAUCCGCAUUAACAGUCCAUUUACGUGUCCACACUGGUGAAAAGCCUCACACUUGCGAACGUUGUGCAAAGACUUUCACCCGAAGAACCACUUUGACCCGUCACCAAAAUCAUCAUACAGGAACCGUCGAAGAGGCUGCUGCUGCAACUGCUGCUGCUCUAGCCGGUCGUCCUGGGAACAACCGACCCAGCAGACAGCGUUCAGAUGGCGAGUCGUAUUCAAACAAUGGAUCUCCGAUGUCAACACCUUCCCCAGGCCGACAUCUCUCUGCUUCUCCAAGUUCUGACAUGGCACCAAUGAAUAAUAUGCAACGCCACCCUGGUGACUACGGAUACAUGAACAACAGCUCCUUACCAGGACAUCUUCGAGGUGAUUAUGGUGUACCAAAUCAACCACCACCAGUUUCUACCGCUUUUACCAAUGGCAUGCAGCGACCUACCUCCCAUCCAACAGGUUAUGGCCCGCCGAGCAUUCUAGAGCCUCCUGCCAACAUGGAACAGCGUCAACCAGGUAGCGCAAAUGGUAGCCCGCACAUGACAAACAUGGGUUGGCAAUCACCAUCCCAAAUGGCAUCUCCAUCGCACAACAACAACUACGUCUAUCCGGAUCCCGAUCCUUAUGGAUCUGGCGCUGCUAUGGGCCAGAUGUAUUACCCAAACUCAAAUAUGAGACGACCACAGAGCACGGAGCCAGAACAAUAUGAUAUGAAACCAAGAAUCAAUGAGAUGUGGGCUACAGCUCAAUGA